AGCGCAAUGUUGUUUUCUCCUACUUGUUGUGCCCACAAUUAACAACGAAUGGACGAGACAGCAAUGCCGUCAUUUUCCAUUACAUGUUGGAGCAGCCCCGUUCGUCACCUAAGUUUACUCAGGGGAGAAUCAAGAUUUAUCAUCUGAACAAACAUGACCAUUCCGAAAAUUGGUUUGUGGGAAGUCGUGUAUUGAUAUCCGGAGUGUUUGAGCUCCCCCCACCAUGGCAAGCCGCACGCUACACGAAUAAUUACAUUAGCGCACCGCUUCAUUUGAUUUAUGAUCGUUGUAUACUAGAACCGCGCAAGCUUGAUCAGAGUGUUAAACAAUCAAGUAAGGAAAAUCGACAUUGUUUCAGCCGAAAACAGGGAAAGCGGUCGUGGAGCAGGUCCAUCUCAAAAUGGACACACGGUGGCAGGAGGCGGGUAGUUGUGCGUCACAUAGUUAUUGUCAGAGUUGGUGGCAACCCACGUCUGGUGGCGAAACUGAUUACGCAAUCGCCAAUCAAACCCAUGUCACUGACUGAGAGCGGCGAACACCACAUUAUCUCACUCCACUACUGGCACCCUGUUGGAUCAGGGUUGUCUCGCGCUUUAGUAUUUCUUUUCAGCUUGGAUUUCAAGUGUUCGUUAUGGAUGUUCGCUUCUCAAUUCCCUUCACCCAUAUUAUUCAUCCGAGCAUCAAACUAAAUUCGGACUGAAUGGCGUCCGAAACUGUUUGAAGAAUCAUUCUCGCAUGCAACGCAUCUAAAAAUCCAGUUUCGCCAUGGACAGUGGCACCCACCUUCGGCUCGGAGCGACUAAUCCUUCCGGACAAGCUUCUAGUUCUCAGGACGCUAGCUAUGAAGGGUUAUGACUGGGGUAUAACAUGGCAGCAUGUUUAUUGGAAUUGAAUGGUAGAUU